AAUUGCCGAGAGGGUUGAAGGAGAUCGUCGGGUAGAAUGGCUGCUGCGAGAAUGGAUCGGAAGAUCAUGCUAUACAUCUGCGUCUGGAUGCUGACGGCGGUUACAUUGAGGUGUCAGGCGACUAGUCACGAGAACAACGCGGAGGCGGAGGGGAAUUCCGAGGAUUCUGUUAUCGACGACACGACCGAGGAUUAUUGGGCGGGCAGCGGCUCGGGACCCGACGAGGAUGAGUCCUCCUCUCACAACGAAACCAGAGAAGCGUUAACCCACGAGGCCAGCGACCACGAUGCUGUCGUGUACGUUGGCGACGGCGCCGCUUACGUGCCAGUUCCUUCAUUGAAGACCCGACCGUUGAAUCCGAAUCUUCAGGCUCUUCAGACUCUCCAAGGCUUGCAAGGCCUCUCCGGAAGCGGAGGUACGGGCGUAGUCGGCGACGAGGACUGGAGGAGACAUCCCGAGACGUGGGACCGCGAGCACCGAAGGUACAGACCCAACACGACGAGAGUGCAACAUAUUGAGGCGGAAUGUCAGGACGACUACAUGAAAAUUAGGAUCGGAUUCAACGGAUCCUUCGCUGGCCUCUUGUACUCAGCAGGCUACUCGUACGAUCCCGAUUGCAUGUACGUUAAUGGGACCGGCCGCGACUACUACGAGUUCUACAUUCAGCUGAAUCGAUGCGGCACCCUCGGCGAGAACACUCAUCAUCAGGACAGCAGGAAGAAUCCGACGAAAAAUCUCAUGUGGAACACGGUCACGGUGCAGUACAAUCCGCUAAUAGAGGAGGAAUUCGACGAGCACUUUAAGGUGACCUGCGAGUACGGCUACGACUUCUGGAAGACGGUGACGUUUCCCUUUCUUGACGUCGAGGUCGCCACGGGAAAUCCCGUAGUCUUCACCCUGCAGCCUCCGGAGUGCUACAUGGAAAUCAGAUACGGUUACGGGACCACUGGAACUAGAGUGGCCGGACCAGUUCGCGUCGGCGAUCCCCUGACUCUCAUUAUCUACAUGCGCAGCAAAUACGAUGGCUUUGAUAUUGUCGUGAAUGACUGUUACGCUCAUAAUGGCGGGAACAAAAGGAUUCAACUGAUCGAUCAAUACGGAUGUCCAGUGGAUGACAAACUGAUCAGCCGGUUUCGUGGUUCCUGGUCGGAAAGUGGUCUGUUCGAGACGCAAGUCUUUGCGUAUAUGAAGACAUUUAGGUUCACGGGAUCGCCGGCUCUGUAUAUUGAAUGCGAUGUUCGCAUGUGUCACGGAAGAUGUCCGAGUCAACCUUGCCAUUGGAGAAAUGCAAAGAAUGUGGUGAAACGAUCGGUGUCGGAAAUCGGUGGACCGUCGACACCGGCAACUAGUUUGUCGGAGAACGUGAACCUCUUCCAGUCUCUUCGCGUUCUUCAGGAAGGCGAGGCGGACACGGAACUGUUCCAGAAUUCUACCAACUUCUCUCGCAGCGGAUUUAGCGAGCCUACGACUGACAGGGUGUGUUUGAGAUCUACAGUGGCCAGUACAAUAGUAGGACUCGGCUGUGGCUUCUUCUGUAUCAUGGCCGGUACGAUACUAGCCAUGUGUUCGCGAAUGCGACGGCAAGCGCGAGAAAAAUUAUUGUCGGAUAGUAUAAGCUACAUGACGCACAAAGGUCGGAUCAACUAGGGUAACAUUUCUAGCAUGCGGAGGCCUAUUUCUUCUCGCUUCAUUCAGUUGCGAUUGUUCUUCGCAUCUUUUGUAUGGAGCUGCCGAGGAAGUGCUCCGCCGGUAAUAUAAGAAUGCGUCGUUAAGAUAGGAAAUGGUCGAUAUAAAUGACUGAACUUUGAGCUGCUGAUAAGUUAACAUUGGCUGAUAUACGGUAAUAAAUUUAUUUUUUUUUUAUAUAUAUAUAAAUUGGAAAGAUAUAAAUUUUGUAUAAAAAUUUUAGGAGAACGUUUAUUUAAAUGCAAACUUCUCUAUUCUUCUCUCUAUUAACUUAAGAUAAGCGUGGGAUUGACACAGUGCGAAGUGCCUUACGUAUUUUGAUAGUCGUCGAUAAUUCAGGCUCCCAUGGAUACAAUAGGUCUCAUCGAUCCUUUGUGUGCGAAUGCUUUUUUUUUACAUAUAAAUAAUUAAUAUUCGCUGCUAUACUCUCGCUUCUCUUACUUACCGAAGUGUUAAUCGAUAUUCAUUCGUUAAUUGAUGUAUAUGUUCCCAAACUGCACAAUAUUUAAAAUCGGGACAUAAGACGUCUUUUAGACAUCUUUUAAAAAUAUGAUUAAAAAUAUUUUAAAGAUGUCUUUAAAAUGUCUUAUGUUUCGAUUUUAGACAUUGUGUUGUCUGGGGUGUUACAAGUGAGGUAUCUGUAGCGAGUUAUCGCUCAUCGAUAAAUAGAGGUAGAAGUUGUCGAUAAUGCCACGAUCUCGGUGUCGAAUGUGCGAUCAACAGAAUAAGACUUCGAUCUUUAUUUACUGCGUCGAUCGGUAAUUUAAAAUAAGUUUUCUUGCAAUUGACAUGACGUCGUCCUUUUUUUUAUUUGCUUAUUUCGAUCUCGCAUACGGCACAUUUAGAGAUCAAAACGAACGUAAUGUCAGUACGACGCUUAAUUGUCGUUGAUAAGAUUCAGUACUUACAUGUAUAUCUAUCUAUGACAUUACUCGCCAUAUUCAGGAACGUGAAAACAGUUUUACUAGCGACUCAACUACUCAAAACGAUUAAUUUUUAAAAUAAAUUAAUAAAAUAUCUAAUAUUUAAUUUAACAAAUGUCAAACAGCAAGAUAAACGUUGUUAAUUAAAAUAUUACAUUAUUACUUAU